AUGCGUCAUAUUCUGGCGGCCGGGGUGCUCUACGGCCUCGUGGCCUUCGCCUCAGCGCAACAGAUUGAUGGAGCUGGAAAGAAAACAUGCACGGUCAAGGCCAGCGGAACCAAUGCCACCGACGACGCGCCCGCUAUCCUUGAUGCUUUCAAGACAUGCGGUCGACGUGGGAAGGUCAUUUUCGAGCCCACGACUUACUAUGUCAACUCGGUCAUGAAUGUCACCUGGUUGGAUGAUGUCGAAAUUGACCUCCUAGGCACUCUUCUGUGGAGUACGAACAUCUCGUACUGGCUCGCAAAUUCGCUGGACGUGGGUUACCAGAACCAAUCUACGGCCUUCAUCCUCGGCGGCAACAACGUGCGAAUUAAUGGCCACGGAACGGGAACUUUUGAUGGCAACGGUGACUAUUGGUACCAGUGGAUUCGCCAGCAACCCAACACGUCCAACUAUCCCGGCCGGCCGCACGCCCUCACCCUCAAUGGGCUGAAGAACUCCGUCGUUCGUGGGGUCAAUUUCCUUAGGAGUCAGAUGUGGACUAUGUCCAUCAUCUACUCUCACAACGUCGAGUUGGACAGCAUACUCGUCAACAACACUGGCAACCGCUAUCAGAGUUCCAACACGGAUGGAGCCGACACAAUCCGAUCAUCGAACAUCAAGUUCAACAACUGGACAGUCUACAGUGGAGAUGACAGUAUCUCACUGAAGGCGAACAGCACCGAUGUCAGCAUUACAAACUCGAAGUUCUAUAACGGACUGGGCAUUGCGUUGGGAAGCAUUGGGCAAUACAACGGCCAGUUCGAGACUAUCGAGAGGUUGAACGUCAAGGAUUGCUACUUCGACAACACCCUUCAUGCCGUAUACUUCAAGACAUGGACUGAUGAUCAGAACGGCUACCCUCCUAAUGGUGGCGGUGGUGGUCUUGGCUUUGCGUCGGAUAUGUCAUUCAACAACCUGACUGUGAAGGGUAUGCGUGGCGCCGCCGUAGCUAUCUCGCAGUGCACCCGCUUCAGUGGCGCCCCCGGCGUGGGCAACUGCACCAACUCGCAGUUCCAAAUUCGUGACAUCACCGUCAACGGCAUGUCCGGCACAACGAAGUCUUCCCGAGUUGCGAGUCUACAGUGCAGCGCUGUGGCACCAUGCACCAACAUUGGGCUCUUCGAUGUCGACCUUCGCUUCGACAAUGGCACAGCUGCGGCGUCUUAUCUCUGUGGGCACGCUGAGAACCCGCUUGGCUUUGAGUGUACCGGCACUCCUUGCGUGGGAGGAAGUGCCACGGGAGAAUGUUGA